AUGGUCAUCUUGGCUCGCUUCGACGCGCUAACUCAGAGUCCUGUAGCGGUCGCAAUGGGCUCCGUCGCCCAGUUCCGGGUCAUGGGAGGCUGCAUUGCCCUGGCCAUUGUGACAGCAACGUCGAAUACCUUGAAAGAGCUGCCACCGACCACGCAGAGUCUGAUUCGCCAUGUGUUUUCGGCCAGUUAUAACCUGCAGAUGAAGGUGCUGGCGGGGUUUGCGGGUGGACAGAUCAUUGCCUCGCUUUUGAAUUGGCAGAAGAACCCACUCGUGGUUUGGCUUGAACUUGUGCUCGGUCAUCGGGGGGGUUGA